AUGUCAGGCCAACAAAUCGAUAGCCACAAAGAAGACGCCGAGAUCUAUCACGGCGAAGCCCUAUGCAAGCAGAAGUCCCACGAGCUGCUCGACAAAAUGAGCCUGCCGCGUGCCCUCCUGCCCUUAGACGAUGUCCUAGAGUUCGGUUACAACCACACCUCCGGAUUCGUAUGGCUCAAGCAGAAGAAGAAGAAAGAGCACCGGUUCCACGCCAUUGGCAAAAUGGUGUCGUACGACACCGAGGUGACGGGCUUCGUCGAAGAGCAUCGGAUGAGGAGGCUCUCUGGGGUCAAAAGUAAGGAGCUUUUGAUUUGGGUCUCGAUUUCGGAUAUCUACGUGGACCCGAAUUCGAAUCCAGAUAAGAUCACGUUCGCCAACGGCACCGGGAUCUCAAGGUCGUUCCCUGUCACGGCCUUUGGGCUUGAAGAAGAAGAGAAGAAUGCUGAUGGGAAAAAAUGA